AUGGCAACAUUGUUGUCCAUCGUGAUAUUCUAUUUUAAUAAUAUUCUAUUGAUUGUUUAUGGUGUGAGAAUUGCUGUAUUAUUACCAACCGAUCUCACAUCACCAUAUGCCAUGGCAAAAGUGAAGCCAGCAAUCGAUUUAGCUGUCAAAGAAGUAAAUCAUCGGCAACUAUUAAUAAAUCAGACCAUACAAGUUCGCUAUGGUGAUACUAAUAAUUCGUAUAUUUUGGGACCCUUGAUUGCGAUUGAUUUUUACGCAAAACAGCAAGCUGACGUAUUUUUAGGUCCAGUGGAUGGUCCCGGUCUGGCAGCUGUUGCGAGAUAUUCACCUCAUUGGAAAAUUCCUGUAAUAAGUCCCGGUGGUGGUUUCAAUUAUCAUUUCGAUAAUAAGCGAGAAUAUCAAUUGUUAACGCGAAUGCUACAUUCAUCAAAGACAAUUGUUCGUUUUAUCUCACGUAUUAUCUUACCACAUUUUAACUGGACGGUAGUGAGGAUUAUUGCUGAGCGAAAUAUAGCUGAAGCACAGAGUGAAUGUUACAUGCUGAUGGGUGCACUGUGUCGAGCAGUAAAAAAUUCGAGCAAUAGUCAAGAAAUGAAAGAAACAUGUUCACAUUCAAUAUUCGAUAUUGAUCAUAGAUUUAGAAACGAAACAAAAGAAAAACUGAAAAAAACACUCAAUGAUGCGAAAAAAGAAGCGAGAAUUUUACUAACAUGUAUGGAUUCAAAUUUAUUCCGAGAAUUCAUGCUUACGGCAUAUGAUCUUGAUAUGAUUAAUGGUGAAUAUGUAUUCAUCUACUUAGAUAUAUUUCGACUUCUAAGAAAGGAUUUAAGUUUGAUUAAGUGGAAGAAAAGUGAUGCGAGUGAAGCUGAAAAUAAAAAAAUUCGUCGAGCAUUUGAAACUGUGCUCAUCAUCGGUUUUAAAGAGGCAGAUACCGACAAGUAUCAACGAUUCUCAAAUCAAGUAUUUUCAUCGUUUGAACAAACAACAGCAACAAUAAAUCAUUCAUCACCAUCAUCAUCGAACAAAUUAGUUAAUCCCUAUGUAGCUACAUUUUAUGACGCUGUUCUUCUUUACGCAUAUGGCUUGAAUCAAACGAUUGCCGUGCAUGGAAAUACAAAUGACGGUUUUCAUGUCGUUAAAAAUAUGUGGAAUUCUAGUUUUGAAGGUUCGAAUGGUAUUGUUCAAAUAAGUGAAACUGGAGAUCGAGUGAGCGAUUAUUCAUUGUUUGAUCUCAAUCCGAAAACAGAUGAGUUUUGGGAAGUUGGUACAUAUUCUGGUGUAAAUUCAACAUUUGUUCGUUUACGUGAAAUUUACUGGAUCGAUAAAGUGACAAAAACUCCAAACGACAUACCAUUCUGUGGAUUUGACGGAAGUCGAUGUAUUCAGCCCAAAAAUCCAUUUUUGUCUUGGAUAUAUUUUACAGUAGUUGUGAGUCUAAUUGUGCUAGUAUUGACAUUAUUAGCCAUCUGGUACUACAAACGCGUAAGUUUUGAAGCUCAAUUAAAAGUAAUGAAUUGGAUAAUCCAAUCUGAAGACAUAUUUACUAUGGAAGAGUUUUCAUCAAAGUUUAAACAAGUGAAAAAAGAUAAAAAUAAGGGAACGUCAAUUCUCCAUUUUCCAAUUUUUGAAGAUACACUUAUUGACACAACAUCGACAAUAAAUUCUAUAGGAACUGGACGAUAUAAGAUAAAAGAUAUGCAAAAUGAACAUCUUGUACGAUUUAUUGGAGCAUGUCUUGAUCCACCAUGUUUGAUCACAGAAUAUUGUUCAAAAGGGAGUUUACAAGAUCUAUUGGAAAGUAAUCAAAUUAAACUGGAUGAUAUGUUUAAAUACUCGAUUAUGUAUGAUGUCGUGAAGGGUAUCGUUUACAUUCAUAAUAGUGAUAUACAUAGUCAUGGAAAUCUAAAAAGUUCAAAUUGCUUAAUUGGAAGUAGAUUUGUAGUUAAAAUAUCUGAUUAUGGUAUUCCUUCCUUACGUUGUUCGAGACAUCAGAAAUAUCCGGCAAAUUGUGAACAAUAUUAUAGAAGUCUGCUAUGGUCUGCUCCAGAAAUUCUUAAAGAUCAGCAUGCUCCACAUGAAGGUACUCAGAAAGGAGAUGUGUAUAGUUUUGCAAUUAUAUUACAUGAAAUUGUAUAUCGACGGGGUUUAUUUGCAAUGAACGAAACACUAGUAGAGCCUAAAGAAAUAUUUCAAUCGAUAAAAUCUGGUGAUGAGAUUCGCCCACCAUUUCUUGGUGAAAAUACAUUAUUUGAAAUUGGUGCUCUAAUGAAAAAGUGUUGGUGUGAAAAUCCUGCAGAUAGACCUGAUUUUAGUGCCAUAUCAAGUACAAUUCGAAAAUUGAGCAAAAAAUUUGAUAAUGAAAAUCUUGUGGAUAAUUUAUUGAAACGUAUGGAACAAUAUACUAACAAUCUAGAAGAACUUGUCACCGAAAGGACAAAUGAUUAUUUGAUAGAAAAGAAAAAAGCAGAAGAGUUACUUUAUCGUUUAUUACCACGGUCAGUCACAGCCGAAUUAAUGGCUGGAAAAUCUGUCACUGCUGAAUCAUUCAGUUCAGUGACAAUUUAUUUCAGUGAUAUAUGUGGUUUUACACAAAUAUCGUCUGAAAGUACACCUAUGCAAGUGGAAACAAUUGGUGAUGCUUACAUGUGCGUUUCAGGACUACCUACACCAAACGGAAAUUUGCACGCAAGAGAAAUAGCUCGAAUGGCAUUGGCUAUUUUAGAUGCUGUUAUCAAUUUUAAAAUAAGACAUCGACCUGGUGAACAAUUGAGAAUAAGAAUCGGGAUACAUUCUGCUCUGCGAAUUCAUCUUAGCCCCACUACAAAAGCGUUGUUAGACACAUUUCAAACGUUCAUCGUAAAAUUACGCGGCAGUGUUACAUUAAAGGGCAAAGGUAACAUGUCAACGUGGUGGUUACUUGGCGAAGAGAAUGGACUACAAAUCCCUUUGACUAAUUUUGACAAUGAUAAUGAUCUUCUCAUAUCAGCAACGCCUCCAUCGUCAAAUCUUUUGGAAAUUAAUCAAAUUCAGAUAUGA